AUGGAAUACAUUCGAUCGAACUUCCUUCUGGAAGAAGAGGAGAAAUAUCAGCAGAGCUACGACCAGCCACAUUUUGAGGCCAUUUACCAGGAGACCUGGAACCAGCAGGAGUAUUCCUACGCACCCGUGGUGUGCGACCGGGAGCAGUGGGAAUGGGGAGAGUGGGGCGAGUGGGGGCAGCAGGUGGCGGUCAAAGAGGAGGCUGAGGAGCACGCGGGAAUGAACGCUGCGAUUUGGCGUAGCUUGAACGACCCCCCGGCGGCGCGCUGCGCUCUGCGGUGUACCUACUGUAUCGUGGAUCUACCGUUCCCUUUCCCUCCGCCCGACCCCGUAGCCCCCUCCCCGCGCUUUUUUUAUGAGGUCAUUCCUAAAAAUCCUGACACUUGCCGGCCGCAAUCCGAACAAAAGCAGGCGUGGCUCACUCCGCGAUUUCGUCGCUUUGCUACAGACCUCAGGUCCCCGAGCCGCAAGGAGCGCACGGCGUUCACAAAAGCUCAAGUGAAGAGCCUCGAGGCGGAGUUCGCGCGCGCGAACUACCUCACCCGGCUGAGGCGGUACGAGAUCGCUGUGGCGUUGCACCUCACCGAGAGACAGGUGAAAGUGUGGUUCCAGAAUAGAAGAAUGAAAUGGAAACGCACCAAGGGCGCUGCGAAGUAUACAAAGAAGAAAGACUAAGGAUUGGAUUCUGUAUACAUUUUGAAAGCCACAACGUUUAAUAGUGACCGAUGGC